CUUCUCUUAUGCCACAAAAAGCUGUUUGGUAAAAUCAGAGUGAGGGCCCUCAACCAUCUUAUCAGCAUACGUUACAGUAUCUUGAUCAUUCUGAUUGAGCUGAGAAAAUUAUGUAAGGCCCGACAUGGGCCUAAAUGAGUACUCUGCAGGCUGAGGCUUCUUCUUCUUCUUCUUCCUUCUCUUCUUCUUCAGAUCUAACAUUGAGUAAUUUGCAGCAAUCACGCCGGAAAGGUUCUGUUUUUAUAACUGAGUCGAUGAAGCACCGGAAGAACAACAAUCUUUCGAUAUUUGCUGUGGUGUUUUCUGUAUUUCUGUUCGGGGUUUUCAUGUACAAUGAAGACGUGAAGUCUAUUGCCGAGUUCCCUUUCUCAUCAACUGCUCCUAAAAGUCAAGAAAGGCAAACGAACGUUAACAAAGUCAAUAAUGACAAAGAAGGCAGUACAGUGACCUCAAGAACCUCUCUUGAAGAGCCUCAGGUUCAGAGUUCUGACGAUGGACAAGAAGCCAAAGAAGAUGAACAAAGGAUUGAGUUGCCUGCCAUUGAAGAGGAAGACGAUGAAGAAGUUGAAUUGCCCCCAGAAGAAUGCGAUCUCUUCACAGGCCAAUGGGUUUUCGAUAAUGAAACAUACCCUUUGUACAAAGAAGAUCAGUGUGAAUUUCUCACAGCCCAAGUCACUUGCUUGAGAAACGGAAGAAAAGACUCCAUGUACCAAAACUGGAGAUGGCAACCCAGAGAUUGCUCUUUGCCCAAAUUCAAGUCAAGAUUACUGUUACAGAAGCUAAGAAACAAAAGACUAAUGUUUGUUGGAGACUCGUUGAAUCGAAACCAAUGGGAAUCCAUGAUUUGUUUGGUUCAAUCUGUUGUUCCUCCCGGUAGAAAAAGCUUGAACAAAACGGGUUCUUUGGCAGUGUUUAGAAUUGAGGACUACAAUGCAACAGUUGAAUUUUAUUGGGCCCCUUUUUUGGUUCGGUCAAAUUCUGAUGAUCCAACGAUGCACAGCAUUUUGAAUCGGAUUAUUAUGCCCGAAUCAAUUGAUAAGCAUGGAGUUAAUUGGAAAAAUGUUGAUUAUUUGAUCUUUAAUACAUAUAUUUGGUGGAUGAACACUUUCAGCAUGAAAGUCUUACAGGGAUCUUUCGAUAAUGGUGACACAGAAUAUGAUGAGAUUGAACGGCCGAAAGCUUAUGCAAGAGUAUUGAAGACUUGGUCUAAUUGGGUGGACCAAAAUAUCGAUCCCAAUCGCACUAUAGUCUUUUUCAGCAGCAUGUCUCCUCUCCACAUUAAGAGCUUGGAUUGGGAGAACCCAGAUGGGAUCAAGUGUGCUUUGGAAACAACUCCAAUUUUGAACACUUCAAUGUAUUUGAAUGUGGGCACGGAUCGAAGGCUCUUAGUAAUUGCGGCAAAUGUGACAAAACACAUGAAAGUUCCAGUUCAUUUAAUUAACAUUACGACUCUUUCAGAGUACAGAAAAGAUGCACAUACUUCUGUCUACACAAUUCGUCAAGGUAAAAUGUUAACACCAAAACAACAGGCUGAUCCUGCAACAUAUGCCGACUGUAUCCACUGGUGUCUUCCGGGCUUACCCGACACGUGGAACGAGUUCCUCUACACACAAAUCAUUCGCACGUGACUAACCGUGACCUUUUUUUUUUUUUGUAAUUUUAAAUUUUGUCAUUUUUUCUUUUUGUUGGUUCAUAUUCUAUGCUUCUCCCUGAUUUAAUUUGUCCCGCAAUUCCCUCAUUUUGGUUUUGUAAUAGAGUAAAUGAUAGGGAUGGGCCACCAAAUUUUUUGGUUCAUUGUUGAUCAUUGGACAAAGUAGGUGGGAAAAACUGGCUGCUCAAGACAAUGAACUGUAUAAUGCUGCAUAUAUUCAAAUGGCAAUAAACAUCAAUACAUGUAAAUAUAUCUGUUUUUA